CCUCAUCUGCCUCUGCUCGGCCUCAUCCUCGUGAUUGACGUCGUUUCUCCAUCAUGGCGCGGGUGAUCCGUGGUGAAGGCGACUCCCUGCAGCAGCGGGGUCAGCUGCUCUUCAGACAGGGCAACUACCAAGACGCUCUCUCUGCGUUUACUGAGGCUCUCCAUUGUAAAGGCGCCGAUGUCAUGGGCAUCCUCGACAAUCGAGUCGCAACGUACAUCAAACUCAAGCAGUAUGACCGUGCUCUCACGGAUUCGCGACAGAUGAUCAAGCGAGAUGAAAAAGAUCUAGAUGGACGGGGCGUUUUGCGAUACGGUCAGACAUUGCUUCUAACUGGGGAUUACAAAAGAGCUCAGAAGGCUUAUGGAUGGGGUCUGAAUAAAUUGCCAAUGGAGAACCCCCGUCGUAAGACUGUUCUACAAAUGUUCUGCAAAGUGAGAGACCGAGCGUCAGUGAAGCGCCUCGAUCCCUUCGCUGUGUUACCUCUGGAAUUGGCGAUGAUGGUGUUGCAGCAUUUCACUUUCAGACAGCUGGCGGUCCUUCUCCGAGUCUCGAAGGGAUGGCAGCGCAUGCUCUCACAACCAGAUCUCUGGAUGCAGCUAGAUUUCACUGAAGCCCGACGCAAGGUCCAAUGGCGCUCAUUCCGGGCCUUUGUUCAACGGUCGCGCGCCAUGCUAACCCACGCCGUCAUGACCAAUAUCUCAACCCCUUUUCAAGAUAAGGUUCUCGAGUAUCUGGGCAGAUGUCCGAAACUGGAGCAUCUGGAGAUCCGCGAUCCUAUCAAUCAACCCGCCGGGCUCUAUGAUAUGUUCCGAGGCUCGACACAGCUGAAAUCCCUGGUUAUUGGGAAACAGACACCAGUGGCUCAGGAAUACAUCGCCAAGUUUUUGACAAGCUUACCUCAACUUGAACGAAUUGAGAUUCAAAAUGCGCAGCCUUCAGCUGAAUCUAAAGUGCAAUGGCCAUCACAUCUUCCCAAUUUGCGGAGUAUCGCCCUCUUGACUGAGGCAUCUAUUCCGCCGCCGGGUCGCGUAGCGGCUUUGUAUAUUCCUCCGGCUUCGGAAGGAAUGUCUUGUUCGAUGCCCAAUCUUGAGGAGAUACGACUGGACUCGUAUCCCAGGGUCUGGGCACCAUAUUACCUCUCCUUCGACCCGAUACAAUUCCCCCGACUACGCAGACUCGAUCUAAAGGGGGUGUACAUUGGCUUAUUCAGCUUACCUCCAAGCCUCGAACAUCUCAGUAUCCACGCCGGUGCCGCUCCGACUGGGAACGAAUUUCCCUUUCACGGAGAGUACCCCCCUCACCUCCCUAACCUCCAUACUCUCAGGUUUCGCGAUCUUCUUUGGGUCACAUUUUACACGCUGCAUAGCAUUAUAGUCGAUGCGAAAGCCCCCUUACGAAGCCUCAUGCUUGACCGUUGUCCAGCACUCAUGCCCGAAAAACUCCAUUUUGUUUUGGUAGAGAAUUCAAUCAACCUGACCGAGCUCGGCGUCUCCCAGCUUCCAGGCCUCAACGACACGACCGUAAAAUCCUUUGUGGAGAGCAUGUCAAACCUAACAGCCUUGGACAUCUCCGGCACCGACGUUACAGGUCGUUCACUCAAAAUGCUUGCAGACGCUCGUUCAUCUGACAGCGACCUCCCUCAAAUCGAACAUCUUUACGUCCGAAACUGCGAUAAUGUCCCGCUGGAAGCGAUUACCUACGCUCGGUCCCACGGACUCAAAGUCAUCCGAUGAUUUACAUCCUGUACCCUAAACCUUGCCCAAAGCGUGCUGGCAUGCAUGGGUAUGCGCUUAAUAUUUCUUUUUCUUAUAUUUCCCUUGGAUCCCAAAGAAUGGAACACUAUCGAGCUAUCCUCGCCACCAGGCAAAAUACCUCACAUAAAACUUUUAUCCCUCGGGCAUGACUUCCACCUACUUUAUC